UUUCAAGAUACAUGUCGCUAUUUGGCCCUUUUCUCUACUUACAUCUCAACUUAUACAAUCAAAAGUAAGUCUAUCUGUUGAGCAAAUUAAUUAUAACUGCAAGCACCAUGUCCAAGAUUGUCACGUCGGGUAAUGAAAAGAAGACUGUGACUUUACAAGACGUUCAAGAUGCAUCCAUUAGGAUUGGUCCAUUCAUCAACCAUACGCCUGUAAUGACAUGCUCUACCCUCGACAAAAUGGCCGGAAAAUCACUUUUCUUUAAGUGUGAAAAUUUUCAAAAAACUGGAGCUUUUAAGUUCCGUGGAGCCAUGAAUGCUGUAAUAAGACUCACUGAAGGCAAAUCUCAAGAUAAUCUUCCAGAAGUGGUCACUUACAGUAGUGGAAACCAUGGACAGGGCGUUGCUCUUGCUGCCAUGAUUAAGGGCCUAAAGGCUCAUGUUGUAAUACCACAUUAUGCACCUGAUAUAAAGAAAUCUGCAAUUAGGGAUUAUGGAGCAAGGGUCAUAGACACUUAUGGACUUUCACAAGAGGAACAUGAGGAGGAAGCCAGGAAUGUCUUAGAACAGACUGGACCCAAUUCACACUUAGUUAGCCCAUGUGAAGAUGAGAGCAUCAUAGCAGGUCAGGGUACCAUGGCCCUUGAAUUGCUUCAGCAGGUGCCGGACAUCGAUGCCAUUAUUGCACCUGUGGGGAGUGGGGGAAUGGUGAGUGGUAUCUCCGUAGCAGCUAAAGGAAUCAAGCCUGGUAUAAAGAUAUUUGUAGCAGAACCAUUGCAAGCAAAUAAAUGUACAAAAUCGUUUGCAGCUGGCGAAAGAAUACUUCUUUCUGGUUAGUGUUAACCAAACAUGACAGGACCCUAUUCAAGGGGAAAAAGGGGUGAAAUUUUCAGAAUGGCCACUUUUAAUUAUUUUCUUUAAAGCUGGCAAACAAAAUUUGCAAAAUGCGCGAAAAUCGGUAUUAAACCGCAAAAUUAGGGAGAUUUCAAGACGGGGAAAAAAAAAGAAAGAAAGAGACUGCAAAGCCUAACAUAACCAACUUU